AAUGCACUGGAGAAGACAGAUAAGAACUAGAGGAAGAGGAGUGGGACAGUACAGCGCUCACACUUAAAACUCCUCACCACGAGCUCUCCUUACACAGGAUCCUCUAAACAUCAGAGAUCUGUGUAUUUAAUAUCUAAUGAGGAGCUGCAGUGAAUGAGGCAGUGACCCGGAGAGCUCAGUAUGGGCUCUGAGCUGAUCACAGGUCAGUCAGUCAGUGGUUCUCAGGGUCUGAUGUCCUCCUCAGGUCAGUUGGAGGAGAGCCGGGGCCGGGGGGCGGUCAGGCGGUGGGGGAUCAUCGCUACCUGCGCGGUCGGGGGGUCGGUGUGCGCGCUGUACGCGCUCGCGGGGCCGUUUGUCGCUCCUGCGUUGAGAAAGGUCUGCCUCCCGUUUGUUCCCGCGACCACCGCUCAGGUCUCCAACGUGCUGAGCGUCCUACGGUCCAGAUCAGGAGCUCUGGUGGAUAUUGGAAGUGGAGAUGGGCGCAUAGUUAUAGCUGCAGCAAAAGAGGGUUUCAGGGCAGUUGGCUUUGAGCUGAAUCCGUGGCUGGUGUUGUACUCUCGUUACAGAGCUUGGAGGGAGGGAGUUCAUCACCGCACCUCUUUUUAUUUAUCAGACCUGUGGAAAGUCAGUUUUUCACAGUACUCUAAUGUGGUCAUAUUUGGAGUUCCCCAAAUGAUGGAACAACUAGAAGCCAAACUGCAGUCAGAGCUUCAGACCUCAGCCAAAGUCGUGGCCUGCCGCUUCCCGUUCCCCACAUGGACUCCUGACCACAUGGCUGGAGAAGGAAUUGACACUGUGUGGGUGUAUGAUGCUAAGACAUUCAAAUCUCAAGUGACAACAGCAAAGCCGCUGAACAACCCUGAAGACAGCAAGACUCUCCCUCAAUGAUGCACUUUGCACUGAAUGUACUGUCUAUUACAGUAAAUGGGCUGGAGGAGGAUUCCUGUUUAUUAUGUUAAGUUAACAAUUCAAUGUUAAUAGUUUUAUUACACACAAUUAAAUAAGAAAAGAUUAUCUAUACAAAA